UCGCGCCAGUCGGCCAGCCAGCCGGACUAGUCGGAGGCCGGAGAUAGCGAUAAUCGCGCGUACGGGACUACCGGGGUUCCAGGCUGCAGGCUGCAGGUAGCGAACGCGGAACGACGUUUUUCUCGCGGAGAGCCGCGAGAGAGAUGCGACCGCCACGGAGCGCGGCCGCGCCGUGAAGCAGGGCAAGCAGAGAGGCUCUAGAGAGCGUGAAGUGGAUUCGUGAGUAGUGAGCAUUGCGCGAGAAGGAGAGCGGGCCGCGCUCCGAGACGCGAACAGCGCGAGCUCGGACUACCCCGGGGAGGGGCCCGGGGACGAGCCGGACGCGAGGCAUCGCUCUCGGCAGUCUCGGCUGCGCGCGGACGCGGACGCGCCGACCGUCAAGAUGGACUGGGACCUGCUGACGAUAGCGAGUCUGCAUCUGACCGCGACCGAGCACCGCUACUACGGCGACAUAUUCAUCUACUGCUGCGAGAACGCGGACAGUGACAGCGUGCCCGUGAUCAAAGUCGCCGAGCUGUUGCGCUCGGCCAGCCUGCCGCGGGAUGUCACGAUGAAGAUAUUGGACGUAUGCAUGGGAACCAAGAGUAGCACGCAUCUGGGCAAGAAGCAAUUUUACGCAGUGUUGAAACUCAUCGCAGGCCACCAGGCUGGUUUGGAAGUCUCCCGAGACAUGAUAACUGCGUCUUUGGAUGUUAUUACCUUGCCGCGAUUUACGUGGCCGACGUCUGGUGACGAGGAAGGCAGGAGGAGUCCGGACAUAACCAGAGGAGCAAAGGGUAGACGUCAUCCUCCCGAGAGCACUACCGAAAGCGAGAGCGAGGCAGAAUCUCCGCGCGAGACUGGCGGUAGCACGGAUUCUCCCACGCCGACGAACAGCAUGAUUCAGGAGAGAAACGACGGUAUGCUGGGCGGUGAGACAAUCCUGGACUCCGUUUCCGGUGGUUGGCAGGGCUUGUUGGUUUCCGAGGAGCAGAGACAGCUGUUGGGCACCGAGGAGGAGAGCUCGGAGCGUCACAGUAGCGACGACGGUGACGGGGAAGGUGACGGCUCGGGUUUCCCGCCGGAAGAAGUGUGGAUUAUCAGCGACGAGCAGCGUGAUUAUUACGCCGCGCAAUUCGCACAGUUGCAAUCGGAUCCGGAGGGCCUUCUGGCCGGGCCGGUGGCCAGAACGUUCUUCGAAAAGUCGCGGCUUCCCGUUUCCGAGUUACGACGCAUCUGGCAGCUCGCGGACGUCACGAGGGACGGGGCGCUCAGUUUACAAGAAUUCUACGUGGCUAUGCAUCUCGUCGUGCUGAGGAGGAACCACGUGCCUCUGCCCGACGUUUUACCUCCGUCCUUGUCGAUCCCGUUGGUUAUGCAAACAGCGACAGCUGCCGCGCCGCCGCAAGUCCCGUCGGCGACAGCCGCUCAAAAAUCGCCGCCGAACUCCGCGAACGUACGCGAGAAGAAUCGCGAGUGGACAAAGUUCGUGGACUCGCCGACCGGGGCGAGCAGCUCCUCGGUCACCAGCCCGGGGCUGCAGCUGGUGAAUUUCGAUUUCCAGAAGUCAGCCGUCGAACGCGACCCGAAGAUCCUGCAUCCGGUGCCGUUGCGCUUGACGCCCGAAGCGGCGAUUCUCGCUUCGGGCGCCAACGGCAGCAGUAGCAGCUGCACAACCUUGGGGGAUGACGAUCUGCAACAUUCUGCGGCGUCGUUGGUGCAACGACCCCUCGCGAAGAAACCACCCGCGGCUCCCGAAGACGCCGUUAUCGUGACUCCUAAGAAGGAACCACCGCCACCACCACCACCCAGACCUUAUAGAACACACGCGCGCAGUUCUAGUCUUGAUCUUAAUAAAUUAGGAAAAAAUGGUCAAAUUUUUCUUGGGGCACCGCCGCUUGUACCACCUAGAAUUUCGCCAGGAAUUACUUCGCCUCGCAAAUUGGUCGGCCAAAGAAGUGAGGGUGAGGGACAGAGAACGUUAAGCGAAAGUCAAGCUUUUGUCGCUGACUUCUCUCACUUUUCUCCCAAAAGUGAAUUGCCUGAGAAUACGGUAUCAUCUGUAGAAAAUACGGUACCACAAUCUCAACAAUUCACUGGUGUCUGCGGAGCAUUUCAUAUUUAUAGGAAACCGAGUCCAAAACGAGACGGCGGCGAAGAAGAAAGUAAAAAUGAAGCGGAAGAGGAGAAGAAAUUAACUUUACAAGAAUUAAGGGAAAAGAAUGCGGAAUUACGCUUAGUUUGCGAAGAACUGACACGUGAACUGGCUAGCGCGUUCCAAGAACGUAUAAAUUUGCGUGCAAAACUCUUGCUCUUGACUUGAUGUGAUUACUAUUCGCUAUCAUUCAUUCGUUCGAAACUACGAGGUAUUAUGUGUCCUCAAAUCAUUGUAAACACAUGUAUUUAAUACGUUAUGCUAGUCUAGAACUCCUCUUUUCCAACGAAGUAUUCAUCCACAUUCAUAACGAUCAAUGUAGACAGACAGAUGCGGCAGGGGACGCGAUUUACAAAAAAACAAUAUUACAUAGAUAUUUUAUACUUGAGAUUGAAAGAAGAGUGUAUAUGUCGUCUAUGACAUAAAUUAUGAAUCAUGUAUAUACAAAGCUGAUUAUGAUCUUUAUCGAUACAUAACAAAGUAUUUGCGAAUUUGCUUUUGUCAAGUUUAUCAGCUAUUCUUCACGUUUAUAUGUAAAAGUAUUUAAAACAAUCACUCUCAGGUUUAAAGCCUACGUUAUCGAAUUCCCUGUGAUUUACUGACUUGUAUGUGUUACGUUUUUGCAUAAGAACUUUCCUUUUCAUCGUCUCGAAUUUAUAUACAUUUCUAUAAUAUAAGCACACUGCGCAUACAAGUGCAUCUGUCACAUUGUUAUUCUAUUUCAGUACAGAUAUUUGAAACUUCUGAUUGUGAUUUCUGUGCUUUGUUAACUUUAUGAGGAUUAUACAAGAUAUUUCAUAUUCCCCUCUGUCUAUUAAUGAAUCUCUUCUAAAAAACACUUUGCCGUAAACAGAAUCAUAAUAUCUAUUAUGAAUUAGUUGUAUUGUAAAAACAAAUAAGUAUUUAUUGUUUGCAACAAAAUCUAAUUAUAUUUUCGUAUGACUAUAAAAUUUGACAAGAAGAUGGGGCGUCAACGGAGAAAUGGAAUAAUCAGGACUGUUAUGACGUUAUAUUUUAUUCCGUGAUAACAAGCGUACUUAUAAAAUAUCUGUUACAUUUUGAAGAAAGCUAUAGGAGAGAAAAGUGGAAUCUGCAGGAACAGAAUACUUCAAAAAUAAAUUUAUAUAGGUGUAUAAUGCUCAGAAUCAAUUCACGUUGAGUACGUCGAUUUUGGUGUAUCAAUUCUUUGAGAUGGUUAUAUCGAUUCCUAAUAUUGUAGAUUUUAAGAAAUAGUUGCUGUAGUUGGUGGAAACUAUGUGGCCUGAGAAGAAUAUAGAUCUAUCAAAGCCACACAUCUACAACAAAAAUCAAGAAUCAAUACAACCGACAUUCUUCUCAGCUAGUUUCGCAGAUAUUUCUAUUAGUAGCGAUUACUCAACGGGCAUAGGAUUGCCUUAUUAAUAAAAAAAAAAUUAUUUAAAUAAAUUUUAAAAUUUUCUUUUUCUUUGUAAAUUCAGUCUCUGUGGCUCAGCUCUAUAUAAGUCUCAGCGCUUUAUUUAUAUAAAUUGCCAUUUCUAUCCAAUCAAAUAUAUAUUGAUUCGUAAUUAACGUUAAGACCUUCA